AUGCCGCCAUGCCGUGCUGCGCCGCCGCGCCACCACGCAGCGCCUCGGCGACCUCCGCGGUCGCCGCACGUACGACAUCACCGCCCGCCGCCUCCGCCACGCGCCAUGGCAGCCACAGCACCGCCCACCUCCAUAGGCCGACACACGACCCGGAGCUCCAACGCGCAGCCGCCGGCGAGCGCCGCCAUCGCUGCCUAG